GCCGCGGCCUCUCGCCUCCGAAACGCUUCGAAUUUUAGAACCCCGGAAAAAGAAAUUCCCAAUCUUUCCCUAUCCUCCCCCCAGAACUCGAGCGAAUUUCCGAAUCCCGGCGGAGCGGAGAUCGAAAGAACCAGAGGGAGGCAGAGCUUCCCUCCAACCCCACCUCUGCGAAAUCCUUCGAAUCCAAAAAUAAUGGCGGCCUCAUCUCUCUCCCAUUCUCAUCCCGCCCCGCUACAUAACCGCAUCCCACCAUCCAUCCUCACAUCCUCCUCCGUAUCCGCCUCCGCUCCGGCGCCUAGCUACCACUCCUACCCCGCCGCCGCGCUAGGAGAGUCGGAGUAGGAGCAGCCGCCGCCGCAAAUGCACAUGACCGACAAGGAGAACGCUGCCGCCUGCGCCGCCCCACCGCGCCUCACCCGCGCCACCUCCAAGCGGGCCGCCGUCGUCGCCACCAAGCGUAAGCGCGUCGCUCUCACCGAGCUCCCCACGCUCUCCAAUGCCUCCCUCCUCAGCCCGCACCACGACGACGACAAGCCCAAGAAGAAGCCCCUCCCCGCAGCCGAGCCCAAGACCGCGCCCGCGCUCAAGCCGGCGCCUCCCGCUGCCGCCGGUGUCGGGGAGGAGGAUGAGGGGGACCCGCAGCUCUGCGCGCCUUACGCAUCCGACAUCUACUCCUACCUGCACUCCAUGGAGAAGCAGGUGAAGCGGCGGCCGGCGGAGGACUACAUCGCGGCGGUGCAGGUCGACGUCACGGCCAACAUGCGCGCCAUCCUCGUCGACUGGCUCGUCGAGGUCGCCGAGGAGUACAAGCUCGUCUCCGACACGCUUUACCUCACCGUCUCCUACAUCGACCGCUUCCUCUCCGCCAACGCACUCAACCGCCAGAAGCUGCAGCUCCUUGGCGUCUCCGCCAUGCUCAUCGCCUCAAAGUAUGAGGAGAUCAGCCCGCCGAAUGUGGAGGACUUCUGCUACAUCACCGACAACACCUACACCAAGCAGGAGGUUGUUAAGAUGGAGAGUGAUAUACUGAACCUUCUCAAGUUUGAGAUGGGCAAUCCCACCACCAAGACGUUCCUAAGGAUGUUCAUCAGAUCUGCCCAAGAAGAUAAUAAGAAGUAUCCUAGCCUAUCGUUGGAGUUCCUGGGGAGUUACCUUGCUGAGCUGAGCUUGUUGGACUACAGCUUGCUUCGCUUCUUGCCAUCACUUGUUGCAGCUUCGGUGGUGUUCGUUGCAAGGCUGACCCUUGAUCCACACAACCAUCCCUGGAGCAAGAAGUUGCAAACAGUGACCGGUUACAAGCCAUCUGAGCUGAAGGACUGUGUUACUGCCAUACAUGAGUUGCAGCUUAACCGGAAAGGUUCGUCAACGAUGGCGAUCCGAGACAAAUACAAGCAGCAAAGGUUCAAGGGUGUAUCAGCAUUGCUACCUCCUGUUGAGAUUCCUGCAUCAUACUUGAAGAACUUGAAGGAGUAGGUGUUCCUGGAUAAUUUAGUAAUGCCACCACUCGAGCUUUCCUGAAGCAAGAUGCACAAUGGCCAAGGUCGAGAAGUGACUUGUUGGUCCAGUUAGGGUCCUGACGUUCUUGUAUGCUGCGUCUAGGAGCUUUCGGAGUUAAUUUAUUCGAAGUUGAAGCUCUAGGAGGCUAGGCAUGUCCAAUCUUGUACCUGUGUAUCAUAAUCAUACAUUACAAAGCCUUUAUUGUUGGGGGCGCAAUCCCAGAAUUUCA